AUGACGAAGAACCAGUAUACCGAUUCGAUUUUGAUCCAAUUCAUUUCUUGCGUUGCAGUUUUACUUCUUCAAUUUUUAGGAGUAAGAAUGCUUGUUGUUAUUCUUGCUCUUUUAUGCGGUGCGUUAGCUGUUGGUGCCGGAUUCCUUUAUGCUGGCUUCAUAACUAACAAACCAUCUGCCGGAUCAUUUUAUCAAGGUUUCAGCAGCCACUUAUUCAAGCAGAAUUGGAAACCAGAAGGUAUAACAUUCGAUCUUACUUUAUUUUACAUUUUCUCCAAUGUUAAUGGCAUUAUCACAAUUGCCGAUUAUUCUGGCAGUUUAAGUCCAGCCAAACAAGCUAUUCCUGUUGGUGGAUACUCCGCAUUGAUUACCUCAUCAGUUUUGUUCCUUUUCAUGCUCUUUUUAAUUUCAGGAUGUGCCAAUUUUGAACAUCUCCCUGAUGCUCCUGCUGCUUUCAUGACCAUUUCCGCCAAUCCUCUUGUUAGUUACAUUGGUUUCAUGUGCGCUGGUAUUGGAUCUGCAAUUACUAUGACAUUGGGUGGAUCCAGAAUUGUUACACAGAUGGUUAAGGAUGGAUUGCUUCCAAAAUUCAUCAAUUGCAAGAUGAUUAACAAUGAAUCAAUUAUUUCCAACUCAUUAAUUGUUUUAAUUGGUUUUUGUUUCUCAUUUGUUGAAACACGUGAAAUGAUUCAGUCCCUAACCAACGUUUUCUUCUUAAUCCCACUCGCUCUCGUCAACCUCGCCCUUUAUUUAACAGAUUCACAACAUAAUCCAGGAUUCAGACCAGUUUUUAAGAUCUUUAACAAAUGGGUUUCUCUUUUCCUUGUUGUUGUAUGUUUAGCAAGAGCUGUUCUUGUUAAUUGGAUCAUUUUCCUUGGUGUCAUUGGAUUAUUAAUUGUUACAACAUUGAUUUAUUACAAAUGUGUACAUAUCCAUGAUUCCUGGGGCAGUAUUCUUUCCAAUUAUAUCUUCUAUUCAACAAUGAAAGAAGCAUUGAACCUUUAUAACGUUCCUCCACAUGUUAAAACAUAUAGAUCUAACAUGAUUUUCGUUACACAAAAGAAACCAAAUGAUUGUUUGCAUGCCAUUGAUUUCAUUAACCAAUUACUUUCUGGACAUGGAAUGGCGGCUGUUGGAAGAGUGAAUGUUACAACAGAAAAGCCAAACAUCAGAAAACUCAUCAAAGAAAGAGCAGAAUCUUUCAUUGCUGCUGAUGAUUCUUAUCAUGUUUUCUAUGAUAUAACAUGCGCACCAACUUUCCAUGAAGGUGUUAGAGACUUCCUUUUGACUGCAGGUAUUGGAAUGAUGAGACCAAACACUUUGUGUUUAGAGUUCCCAGAAGAUUGGAACAACAUGCAAUCAAAUGAAUUCUUUAGAACUCUUGAAACAGCUUUCGAUGCUAAUUUCUCUGUAACUGUUUUGAGACAUCUAAACAGAUUCUCAGAAGUCGACAGAAAGGGAACAAUUGAUGUUUGGUGGCUUGCUGAUGAUGGUGGACUUACAUUGCUUCUUCCUUAUUUGUUGAGCAAAGAGAAACAGUGGAAGAACGCUCAUUUGAGAAUUAUGACUCUUUGUUUCAUUGAUGAUGAUCAAGAUUUCCAGAAGACACAAGAAAGAAUGGAACAUCUCCUCUACAAAUUCAGAAUCAAAGCUGAAGUCAUUACAAUUGAAGUUUCAUUGAGAAACGAAGAAGCUUCUCUUCUCGUUAAAUCCAAAUGGAAUUCUCUUGUCGCAAAUAUUGAAGACCCUGGAGAACAAGUCAAUAACUUGACAAGCAGAUACCUUCUUCUUUCAGAUUUAAUCAGGAACUACUCAAUUUCAAGUAGUUUCAUUGUUCUCACAAUGAUUGUUCCGCGUGAAGCAACAGUUCCAUCGAUUUAUCUUGGUUGGCUCGAUUUGCUCAGCUUUGUUGAUAUUCCUUUCCUUUUCGUUCGUGGAAACGGAGAAAAUACACUCUCGUGGCAUAUCUAA